UAAAUUGGGAAAAUAACUUCAAUAAACUUAACGAAUCAUAUGUUGAAAAGAACACUGACUUAUUAGAACAUAUCAAAGACCUACAAAUGUGCAAAACAGAUAACGAAAUGUUAAAGAUAAAUGAGAAAAGGAUUUCAGAUAAUUACACUUCGAAUAUUCGUUCAAUAAAAAUACCUGACUAUGGUUCAUUCGAUGUGUUGUUCGAUAAUAAGACAGCUGAAAAAGACUGGAUAGUAAUCCAGCAAAGAAUAGAUGGAAAAGAAAAUUUCUUUCGCGAUUGGAAUACGUACGUAGCAGGCUUUGGAUCUUUUGAGGGAGAUUUCUUUCUAGGCCUAGAGAAGAUUCAUCGACUAACGUACUCGACACGCUAUCAACUCAUGAUUCGAAUGGAAUACUUCAAUGGGACUACGCAACACGCUGAAUACAAUAAUUUUAAAGUUGAUAGCAAUGAAACGGAGUACACAUUGAGUAGUUUAGGUCAAUAUUCUAACGAUAAAGACAAUCAAUUCUGGGGCAGCGACAAUUUACGAUGGCACGAAGGCAUGAAAUUCUCAACGUUUGACAACGAGAAUGAUUUGUGGAACCAAGAGUGUGCAGAGGUUCAUCGUGGAGGAUGGUGGUACAAUCGUUGCACAGCUAGCAAUUUAAAUGGAGAAUUCUCAGUGACGGACGGCAGCAAAUACGCACAAAUGUAUUGGGCGGACUAUUCGCCUCUCAAGAGUGUUCAAAUGAUGAUACGAAAAUAUUAUCCAGUGGUGGACAAAUAAAUUGCUCAGCUGUCUAACGCACUUUCCGUUUGUAUCACAAAAAAGGUCAGCAUGUUGACACUGGGCGUAUACGUGAUAUGCUGAUUAUGAACAUUCAACCGAUGACGUUUGCCUGGAUUACUUCAUUGCCUACACUACAAUAAAUAAAAUUGAAAUCGAGAGUAAGAGUAAGAAUAAAAAUCUUCUAUGAGGUAUAUCGACUAGCUAGUCAAUAAACAAAUAAAAAGCUUCGGCACUGUUUUGCU